AGUUUUAUCACGAAACGCCAUCUGAAAGUUACUUUGGCCUGCCACCGAAUAUUAUAAGCCGAAUCGUAGCAGGAACUCAGUUGUGAAAGCGUCUUAAAGCCGAUCGGGCAUGGGGAGAUUGUACGCUGAAGAAUUUGCCAGAUAGGUGUCUAGUUAAACCAGCGAUGUCUAUAACAACCAUCCAACAACCGCGAAAACAAAUCGCUAGUUUAGUUGUUAAACCUUGACUCCGCUUAUAAUAUUAUAAUGAGUACAUAAUUAUCCAUGGAAUACUAGCUUCAUAAUUUCUUAUACAAAUGUUGUUUAAACAUGGCCAGCUAAGAACAUCAUCUCCCACAUCAUGUCUCCUCUCUUUUUUCUCCCUGCGAACCGCAAAAUUCUUGUCUCAUAUAUUCCGCAAAGGAGCAUGAAUUAAGUUUAGUCGUUUACUCUUAUUCCAACAAAUGAGUGAAAGAACCAUAGUUCCAAUAUUCGUCUUCUGGGCUUUCCUCACAAUCAUCACACCGACACUUGUUCUCUUGUCAGAGAAUUCAAAGCGGGACUUCGAUUUCUAUGGCAAUUCAACGGAGGUAGCAGAUGAUAGAAGAGUGAUGGGUCAAAGAGAGUAUCCUAUCGAAAAAACAACGGCGUGCACGACGGCUGUAGCAGCGGAGGAGUUGACCCCUGCACCAGCACAAGGACCAAUUGUGUCAUUACCUGCCGGAGCUAACUUGACGGCGUCCCACCAUAAUGGUAGUGCUGGAUGCAAUAAAACUGAUCAGGGACCGGCGCAAUUGCUUCCCAGAAAACACCUCAAGCAAACAAAACUCCAAUCCUCACUGGAUAGCAGCUGAAGGGAAUGGCUUUGGAUCUCAGACUGACGAUCUGUGCUCAUGGGGGAACGAUGUAAAUUGGUAAGAUAAAACGUUACUUUAUAGCUUAUAUGCUUCAAGUUUAGACGUGGCUUGGCAUGGGUUGUUCAGCAAAGCGGCAUUUUUUCCUGCUGUUGGUGUGAAAAUAGAAAGAGACAGAGAACACAUGACGGCACAACAAUUGGACAAAAAGAGUCUCACCAAAUUUUGUACCUACUGUAUGGGUAUAAAUAUAUAAUUGCACAAAUAAUAAUGCCAUGUCUAUUAUAUUUUUUAAAAAAAAGGAUUGAUGUAAAUCUGAUUGGUGUAAAUGUGUGAUCAAUAUGUUUUGUCUUAGUCACGACUGUGGAUUGGCUUGCAGGAUCCUUGCGAUUAUUGAUUAGGAUUUACGAAUUUUCAUUUUGAUAACUGGUGAUGAUUACAGUGAAACCAUAAUCAUGAGUUAAAAACUUGCGGCAUCAGCCAAGCUCAAUAGUUGAGUUAUGUACUCGAUUCUCUGUUGAUUAUAGGACACGUUCAUGUUCCACUUGUUUGAAACUUGAUCUUAUAAAUGGUUCUGACCUUCCUUAUCUGGAGUUUGGCUCCCUCCGUAAUCCCACCAAAUAACAUAGAUUAGCUUUCCGUCAUCACCAUUAUCGGAAAUUCCAUGGUUUCGUCAAUAACUCAGAAGUCUCAAACACUUGGAG